UUAUUGUGAUAAUAGUUUGGUGGACUUGUAUUCUUCAAAAUAAAAUGUUUUUAAAGAAUAAACAGAAGGGUUCGUGCGAGUAAUAAUUAUCCGGGCAAUGAGAAUUAUUUAGCUAUGGCUUUAGGCUUCAGAAAGCUAAGACAAUCGUUGUUUGCCAAUACUUUACCCCGGCUUUUAGGAGGAAUGUUGUUUGUUUAUGUUUAUUGUGAAUAUCUCAUUUAUUAUGUGGUUCAAAUUCAGUGCGGCUUUCCUGCGUUAGACAAAAUGCCGAAUGUCCAGCCAGUAUAUGCCAUGAUCUUUGCUGAUCCGCACUUGUUAGGCCGCAACGCACACUGGUUGGAUAAAUGGCGACGUGAGUGGCAGAUGCAUCGCGCAUUUCAAACUGCUAUGACUUUACAUAGGCCAGAAAUAGUGUUUGUUUUAGGAGAUCUGUUUGAUGAAGGUGAUAAGUGUUCAGAAAAAGACUUCAAUGAAUAUGUGCAAAGAUUUCAUGAACUAUUUAAAGUUCCUGAUGGAACAUCCUUGUAUGCUGUAGCCGGAAACCAUGAUGUUGGGUUCCAUUACAAAAUAACUCCGCAAUUGUCAGGGCGCUGGGAGCGGCGCAUGCGUGCGCCGCCUGUGCGGCUGCUGAGCGUGCGCGGCGCGCACUUUGUGCUGCUCAACUCUAUGGCGCUGCAGGGUGACGGCUGCGACCUGUGCGCGCGCGCUGACGCUGAGAUACAGAACAUUGCUGAUAUCCUCAAGUGCAGCAGUGGGUCAAAGUUAUGCAAAGGGCAGAAGAGUUUAGAAAACUACAGUAGACCUAUAUUGAUUCAGCAUUUCCCUUUAUACAGGGCAUCCGAUAGCCAAUGUACGGAGCCCGACGCUGCGCCCUUACCAGAGAGGGACAACCUCUUCGUCGAACGAAGGGAUUGCCUGUCGAAGGAGUCCACGGAGUACUUAGUGGAGAGUCUGCACCCGCGGCUCGCGUUUGGCGGUCAUACGCACCAUAGUUGCGCGCUGCGGCAUAGCUUCGUGCCCACGCCGGAUCACAAAAUCGAGUUUGUGGAGUACACUGUGCCGUCAUUCUCGUGGAGGAACAGAUUGGAUCCUAAAUAUUACUUAGUGGCCAUCAGCCCCGAGGAAGCUCGGGUGUCCAAGUGCGGGCUGCCGCGGGAAUGGACGCUGCAGGUCACCGCUGUAACGCUCCUCGCCGCGCUCGUGCUGUACCUACGAUACUCCAAUACCAGGCGAAGAGACUACAACUAUAAGCAUUUGUCGGGGAAGAAAGUUUAGCAGAAAAACAAGGUAAUCACAAGUAUAUUAUCUAUAUUUUAGUUAUCGUACGUAAAACAAUAAACAUUUAAGUCGGAAUGUU